UUAAGGGACCUGUACACGUUCCGGCGGCUUGAGAUUCGCCGCUCGAUCUCCUGCGCUGGCUGCCAUCGCGCGCGAACGAAUCUAUUUCUCCUCUCCCCGGCCGGCCUCCAAGGUAAUAUAUUUUAAUUAUAUCGUCAUCCAUUCAACUCCACACGAGCUAGGAGGACGCCCGGCCUCGUCCCCGUCCGUGUCGUCCAUGGACGGCACCACCGUGUGCUCCAUGUGCGGCGACGUCGGGUUCCCCGACAAGCUCUUCCGCUGCGCCCGCUGCCGCCGCCGCUUCCAGCACUCCUACUGCACCAACUACUACGGCGCCGCGGCCCCGGCGCAGGCGGGCGCCGGCGUGUGCGACUGGUGCCUCAGUGACGACGUCGUCAGCGGGAAGAAGCGGCAGUACUCUUCGGCGUCGGGAUGCAGCAAGCGGCAUCCGCAGGUGGAAGAAGCAGACUGGAGCACGCAGCAGCCGGCGUUCCCGCCCAGCAGCGGGUGCAGCAAGGGCGCCGGCAAGGUAACCGGCAGCGAGCAGGCCGAGGGUGGCCGGAGGCCCCGCAGGUACAAGCUCCUCAAGGACGUGCUUUGCUAGUUAGCCAGGUGCUCGUACGUCGUUGUACUAUGUACUGUACGAAACAAUGUUUUCUACUCUAAUUAGUAGACAGGUAAAACUAGGUUACUAGUAGCUAGCUGGUUUAAUUAGUUUCAUCUUUUUUAAUUACCUUAGCUUCGUCCUUGUACGAGCGAGUGUAGUUUUGCGUGUUGUGAAAAGAGACGCUUUGGCUACUAUGCAUGCAUGUGCAUAA